AUGGCACCCAUCGACAGCGCCCGUCUCCCAUUCCCAAUCUACCGGCACUCCAGCAUCGGCAUAGCGCUCAUGGACACACUAGACCAACCAUGGUUCCGCCGCAUAAUGACGCCAGAGAUGGCGGUGAGGGUGAUGAUGAACUUUGAUGUCGUAAUGACACGAGUACUGGCUGAGAUGGCGCGCGCGAGCUUGAAUAUUACGGGGCGUUUGAGUGCGUACAGGUUUUUGGACAAUGUGUGGUGUUUUCAGUUGGAGGAUGUGAGGCUCACGCUGGAUGCGAGGGAGGGGGCGGUGAAGCCGGUACGCGCGGAGAGGAUGUUGGUUAUUGCGCAUAAUGCGGAUCCGCGGGGGGAGGAAUAG